AUGGAGGCAGCUGCUUCUGGUGCGGAGACUUCUCCUGCGUCUGCCAGUGCUCUUCACGACGAAAGUUUUGACGACGUUAGUAUUGACGACGUUGCUGGAUUCGCUGGAGACCUCGGCGCGUCGCUGCAGGAGGUGCUUUCCACGGAGACCUCCAGCGGGACACAUGACGUUUGCACGGAGGAGGAGGAAGCCGUGUUGGACGUUGGUGGCGAAGAUGAAAUUAGGCGCGACACCACGCCGAGCGGAAACUCAGCUCGUAUCGACCUGCAGCUGGCGGUCGACACAAACGUAUCGCCUCCAGCGGGUGCAGCCCCCGCCGUUUGCGCCAGGUCUGCAAAGGAGAUCUUGAAGCUUCACGAACGACUCAACGGCCUGGUGUUUCCCAACCUCGAAGACGGGUCAGGAGAGUACGGGGACAAAACAUGGCGGAAAGCGUUUGAGAUGGGCGAGGAGGCCGUCGGAUGCGGAUACGCUCUGCAGAUGAACAAAAAAUCGAAGCUCUUCACGAAGGCCUCCAAGUCGACGUCCGGGAGGCGCAACAGAUACAACUGCGUGCAGAUCAAGUGUAUCCAUUCGGGGCAACCCAGAGAGACCGCAAUAACCGCGGAUGUCCACGCUCGCAAGAAGACAUCUAACAAGAAGUUCGGAUGCAAGUGGGGGCUUUCCCUGUACUGGGGCGCCAACAGCGAUGCGCCGAGCCUUGGAAAGGACGUUUGCCUGCGGCACACGUACCAGGGUUCGGAAGGAAUCGAGCACGACCCCCCGCGCGUUAUCGAUAACGAGAUGACCAGGGAGGAUCUCGAAGCAGAAUCCGCCAACAUCAAGAAGAUGCACGAGAAAGGCAUCAAAACGGCGGAGAUCUACAAAUACCUGCAAGAAACGGGAAAGAGACUGGGAGACAAAGGAAAACAGAUGCUGCGUCUCAUGAGGGCGCAGUUCGACAAGGACAAGCAGAACAGCCGCGGUGGUUUGAACGACGCCCAGCAGUUGCUUCACCAGCUCGAGGAGGACGGCGCUUUCAAGAACUUCAAGCUCGACGAGGAGAACCGCCUGACGGACAUUGCUUGGGCACACGAGGAGCAGCGGCGCAACACGGAGAAAUACUUUCCCAUCAUCGUAUCAGACACCACAUUCAACACCAGCAAGUAUAGCCACAAGCUGGCAUUCAUAGUGGUGGUAGACAAGGAGAACCUCACGCAAAUUGCGAUGCAGGCGCUGUUGGAAACCGAGAG